UCACAAACGUUAUCAGAAGAUAAAAUUGUCACUCCAAGGCAUGGCUUGUCUUAUCGUUGCCUGUAGUAAGUAAUAAUUCAGAGGUAUUCCAGUUGAACCCGACACGGCAUCCCUGGUCCAAGGUGAAUUAAAAUUGGCACUGCCUGAUACACGAAAUUAUCUCGAGCAUCGUCGUCGUCGUUGUGUGUAAACACUGAUUCAACCGUACGAAAAACCUGCACAACAAUCGCUCAAAUCCAUUUAUCAAAUCUUGAGGAACUAAGCUUAAACAGUGCUAAGAUAUCUCGCGGUAUCCAAAGGGGUUGCUUUCGGUCAUGUCAGUGCCAUUCUUAGGAAGGCGUCGUAGUUCUUCCAUUAAAAAGGAAUUUUCGGAAAAAGAGCUGAAUGAAUUGAGAAUAGCGUUCGAUCUUCUAGAUCGGAAUCAAGAUGGACAGGUGACGACAAGAGAAUUUAAAAUUAUGUUGAACAAUUUGGGAAUUGACCUUAAGCAAAACAAAGUCGAUGAACUGAUACGAAGCGCGAGCCAUGCAGGAAAGGAACUAAUUGACGAGAACGACUUCUUAAAGUUCGUCAAACAAAUCCAAGAUUUGUGUGAUCUGAGAAAUUCCAAAGACGACGACGAACAGGAUUUAGUGGCGGCGUUUACGGUUUUCGAUAUGGAUAACGACGGAUACAUCACAAAAGACGAGCUGAGAAUAGCAAUGGAAAUGAUAGGAGAAGAGGUGAGUGAGGAUCAACUAACACAUAUUAUGGAAGUGGCGGACACUGAUAAGGAUGGAAAAAUCAACUAUGAAGUCAAUCUUAUUUUAGAAUUUGCCCAGCUGCUGUCGUAAGGAACUUCCGCUUCUUAAACAACCAACUAGGAAAACACUUGGAAACAAAUCCGUUCAGGGUUUUCUGCAUCAACUACCAAACUACUUUCAUUUAAAAGAAAACCAUCAGUUUCAAACGUACAAGGAAAAUUUAUAUGGUCUCUCUAGAUAAAACCACCUCCAACAGAAAACCCUGUAUAGGAACAAAAAACUGCAUUAAUACCUACAAAGCAUUAUUAUGUACAGUCCAGGCGCUGGAUGUAUGUACACAUUGUUAUUCUAAUUCUAGGAUAUGUAUUUGGACUAUAUUAUGAUAUGAAGUAGUAUUGUGAAUACAAGACUGAUGUAGCUUUAAGAUUGCAUGUGACAAUAAAAUACGUUGAUUGUCC